GAUGUUGUUCCCGCGUUAUAACCGGGUAGGAGGGGCAAGGAGUGCCAGAAGGUGAAUGAUGGUUCGUCUCCACAAGGAAGAACGUCCACAUUCAUUAAAUACAAUAACAGUUUACUCCGACCAUACAGGCCCCGAGUAGUCGGUCGGGUGGAUAUUUGAACGCCCGCCCCAAGCUGUUACAGAAACUCGAUAACAACGUGUCAUUCAUAACAGUAGCUGCUUCCAUGGAAGUAUUCAUACCCGGAUUACACCUGGCGUAGUGGAGUAGCGGUUUUUCUACAGCGGGAAGCUGACAAUACUGAGCGAUACGGGAGCAUACGACACUACUUCCCUCAAGACUGAUUACAGGUGUGUGAGUGACAAGCACCCUGUCAUGGAUUAAAUACCCGGGAAAAGACAGGUGGACACUGUGAUUGUGGACAGUUUAAAGAGAGAUGUUCAGAUAGCGGAGGGAGAACAGAGAGAGUCGUCAUCAUGAGAAUGAUAAGGUCAAUGGUGACAUUUGCCAAGGUGUCACUCUUCUUCCUUAACCUGUACGUGGCUGCUGUUGUCCUGGUGGUUGUUAUGGGCCACUGGCGUAUAUUCGAGUCCCAGGACCCCAACAGACGCUAUGACGAUUCUCACCUGAUCGUCAUGAGGGAACUGAAGGAAGAAGACAUGAGGAAGCCAUCGUUUAUCAACAACUCUAGCCACCAGGCAGUAACUCGGGGGAAUAUUCGAAAGGGGGAGACAACUCUGACCCCUUUUCUCAUAGAGCGAGCGGAGAGAGUACAUACUAUGGCGCACUGGUGCAGCAAGCUUAAACCCCGAGCUCCUGACCCGUCCACCAUCACAGAGGACAAGCUAGGCCAGAUACUCGUGGACGACAAACACAAGUUUCUCUACUGUCAGAUUCCGGGCGUUGCUCAGACCGACUGGAGGCGAAUUUUGGUGUUUCUUUCCGGACAGGUGAAGGUCCCGUCUCACCUGAAAAUAUCAGGGUCGGACGUACAUUCAAAAUACGGAAAGUAUUUGAAAAAAUUAAGUGACUUUCCACCAGCGGAGCGAAAAAAAAAGAUUCAGAAUUAUCUCAAGGUUAUGUUUGUAAGAGAACCGAUGGAACGGUUAGUUUCGUCCUACAAGACUAAGUUCGAGGCGAAAUACAGCAAAUAUUUUCACCAAUCAUUCGGGCGGAAAAUUGUGAAGAAGUACCGGAAGAAACCGACCAAGGAGUCUCUGCAGAAGGGAAGUGACGUCACGUUUAAUGAGUUCAUUCAGUUCGUGAUAGACUCAGAACAUUCGGAGGAGAAUCUCAACGAGCAUUGGCAGCAGUACUACAAGCAGUGCCACCCCUGUCUCGUUUCCUACGACUACAUCGGCAAAUACGAGACCCUCUACGACGACGUGAACCACGUCCUCAGGAAAACAAACGCUGCACCCAAAAUAAAAGGUCCUCUUGGAAUGUCCAAUUACACAUAUCAGGAUAAACUUCUGAAGACCAUGUACAAGACGGUGUCUCCCAAAAAUCUACAAAGACUGUGGAAGAUAUAUUACCCCGAUUACAACUUAUUUAGUUAUCAGUACCCGGCUGUGUUGGACAACCUUCUAGACUUCCAGGGAAUACCUUGAGACCAACAUGUGUUGUAAUUGGGCAACGAAUGCAAGCUGUUGACAAUAUGUGACGAUGCACUCAAUUUUAUGAUUGAUACAAUGCAAUUGCUUCAAAACGUGUCAAGCUUGAGGUUGUGUAUGCAAGACAAAACACGAUGUUACUAGUUUAAUGGAUGUUGAGUUGCGCAUGCCCAGUAAUGUCACGAAUGAGGAUCUGUAUGUAAGAUAUAGAACAGCAGCGAGGUACUGGUUAACUGACAAAUGCCUCCACCCGCCCAGAAACGUCAUGGAUGACGCUUUGCAUGCAGGACAAAUUACGGGGUUAACUUUAACCCCCUGAAUAUUAUGGAUGCGGUACAAGUUUUGACCGUUACGACAUUUUGCAGCAACUAUCCAAUGUACAAUGCUUAUGCUCAAGUUUUUCUCCCGGUACUGUUGUCUCGAAGAUCGGUUAUGUUCGUGAAUGGAACUUGUGUUGUGGCAUCCGUGAUAUUCUUCCUCCAGAUCUCAGACGGAUGCCAGUGUACGUGUGACUCAGCGUUUUAGAUGGCUAUACUCUGCAUGCGUAUCAACCUAAGAAUGUGUCAGUAUGUGUGUCGAGGGGGUCUGUCAAUGUACUACUCGCUACUCGCUGACAUGGUAUGCCCCAGUACCGAGGAAUAUCUGCAAGUAAAUACUCUUCAGUUACACUGCUGUCUCUUUUAGAGUUAAUGUUUCCAAAAUCAAAAUAAUGACGUUUUACAGUUUGUAUUUACUGACCUUAAUGUGACAACCAUAAAAUUUAUUUUGUUAUCAUACUACUUCGAAGCUACUGGUGAAUGUUUCGGACAUUGCAUUGUUUACUGUGGGGUGUGAUAAACCUAACCAGGACUGUGUGAUGUACAUGCGGUGUUGGCGCCGUCUGUAUUCCCCGACAUGGUAUGAAAUAACUGCAUUCACACUGAUUGGUCUCAUUUGUACAGCUUAUUUAUAGAUAUUCACGCAAUUGGUGCAUUUGUACAUAGUGUAUAUAAUACGGGAGCUUCUAUUUACCGCCAACAUUGGAUAUAACGAUACCAAUGACCCUCUGCAAUCAAUCUAAAGAAUAGGUUAUUGCAACUAAAAAUAUUCAACACUUCUAACAUACUGAGGUGGGGCUGCUUGUAGCUGCUAUUACUCAAGCAAUAUAAAAGCUGCAGACACUGCAAUACGGUUCACACACUGCACCCGUAAUCAAACUCGAACAUGUAGGCUCAUGGAGAAGGGUUAAUAAUCCUGAUUUGUUUCACAGUUUCAGUUCACGCCUGCUCGAAGUCCAUGACAUGCUAUGUCUCGGUACACUGACCAAUAUGUGUUAAGCUGGCCCUCGAUUGGCCCAGUGUUUCGCCAAGGGAAUUAACGUUGAAGUCGUGACCAUGUAGCCGACACGCGACGUAACCACAAUGUUGUUCUAAGCGGCGUAAACACAAAACUCACUCACUCAUCCGUUUUCGCAUACUACCCCCUUCGUGAUUGCCAAAGGUUCGUUAUAUCCAGUACAACGCGGGUCAUUAGCUGUGAUGUGCAGAUACUGCACUGGGUCCCGUUUCACAAAGUUACGAGAUCUCGUAACUUUUCUCGUAGCAUUCGUACCUCCUGUGGGCGGUGGGGUAGCCUAGUGGUUAAGGCGUUCGCUC